UCGGCGCGGUCAUUUGCACAAACCUGCAGAGCUCCACGAGUUUGUAGUGAUGCACGUGCGACCCUUCUUUAAACCCAGUGAUCUCGACACAAACAGGAGAGACAAAAUUGGAUAAGCGACAGUCGUUGUUGCAUUUUCUCAUGUCAUAACGACGAAAGAUGUUGACGUUCGAGACGCUUCUCGUAAAAGAGCUGCAAAAACAGCAGAGCAGGGCAGAGUUCUGUGACAUUGUGCUGCAGACUCGAGGUGUGUCUGUGCCGGUGCACAGCUGUGUGUUGUCUGCCUUCAGUCCUUGGCUCUGUGGGGCUCUGUCAGCCAUGCCAUCACUCCGGAAUGGGCAGAGGAGACUGAUUGAAGUUCAAGCCGUGGAGGCCUGUACGUUGCUCAGUCUGGUCAGUCUGCUGUACUCCGGUCAGUUGAACGAGGACAAAGAGGAAGUCCUCUCAGCAGCCUGUAAACUCGGCAUCGACAUACCUCAGCAAGUAUCAAAGAGGCCGGCAACUGAGCGAAACACACAGACGGAGUGCAUGAAAGAGAUGGUGGAGAGAGAGUGUCAAACCGAGGCUGUUCCUUCUGAAUGUCAAAACCCCAAAGAGACCAUUGAAAGUGUUCAUCUGAUUGGGACGUCGUCAUGGAGGACCGAUCAGGGGCUCUGCACGUACACCGAUGGCUCUGAUAUCACCCUGGCCACACUUCAAAACAUCCAGGGUAAUCCAGAGAACAUGCCUUCCUUUCAAGUCAUGGAUGUGGUCCCUGAAAAUGCAAUGUAUCCCACAGCGAGUGGACCGGCCAGCUUGCCCCAGGUCUACGUAUGUCCACCUUCAGCUUCACACCAACAGCCUCCAAACCCACUGCCACCUCACCCUUACCCUUCUCAUAGUACAAAUGUUGAGCCAUUGGCCAGAGAGGGCCAGCCAGCAUUGGGGGGCGUUUUAGAGGGUGAGGAGUGUGUUUUAGAAGCAUUUGCACGGUUUGAGAACAAUAUCCCAGGUUUUAUCAAUUACUUUCUUGACACCAACAUCGUGCAGGGUGCAGGGCAAAGGGAGCAGAGUCAGAGAGGGAUGAGAGGGGACGUCAAAACUGAGGGAAGGGCGACGAGGGUGCGGAGGGCGGGAGCACGCGGAGGAUUUGCUUUGAAGGGAGAAGGAUUGAGAAUUUGUAAAAGAGAGCAAAAUAUGAAUAGGUACGGAAGAGUGGCGAGGUCGGCCUGGAUGGGGAAAGGUGGGGGUAGGGUUGGCAGGAUGCUAGACACCAGACAAAUGUUCAAGAAUCAAGAGAUGCUUAAACGGAGACGACAAGGCAGAGGAGCGAAGAAAGAGGAAGGAGAGGGAGGCAGAUCAAGGGGGAGACCCAGGCAGAGACAUACAGGAAGCAGAGGCAGAUUGGUAGAACCAGUGUGUCAGGAUACAGCUCCACCUCAAAGAAGGCGAAGAGGUCGCCCCCGCAAACGUCCCUUGCCCAAACCAGAUGUUUCCCAAAAUUUCAGUGGAAUUUCACCACCUGAUCAGAAAACCUUGAACCCUCCAGCUCUAUCCAUGUUGCAUACCGCAGCUCUCCCAGCAGCCAAUCAGACCAGCCUCACUCAGCCAAUGGACUGGCUUAUAGAUGACGUCAUUGCACAGCUCCCAUUUAUGCCCAGCAAUCAAAAUGGAAUAACUGUAGAUUCCAACAUGGAUCAUACAAGAACACAGUCCUCAGUUAAACUCACAGAUCUGGGUAUAGUCCAACCGCAGUCUGAAGGUGAGCUGACCGACAUACUUGAUAGUUUUCUGAGAACGUUUGAGCAACACGUUGGUGUAUGCGAUUCAGACGUCCAAGAUGGGAUGGUGCACAACAUAACAGAUGGAACCCGGACCUGUGGACAGAGUUACACAGUCCACACAAAUGCACAUGCCACUUCUGUGAACACAACAACACAGGGAUCAAAAGCCUCAUUAUCCAAGAACAGACCACGAGUAUCAUCUGCACGUAGACCGCAGAAACCAUCACGUUUUUGGCAGGUGUCAGGUGUGAAAAUGGAGAAAUCAACAGGACAGCAAAGUGAACAGAAGCCUAAAUCUGGCAGGAUGACCAGGAGCCAGAGUAGGAAGAGGAAGCUGGAUGUUAUUGAAGAACUGCCUAGGAGAGACGAGCUCCCAACCAAACGGAAGAGAAAAAGAAAAAAAGAACAAACAGAGAAGACGAAGGUAGACGCUUCUCUACUAAAGGAGAAAAAGAGAAAGAAAAAAACUGGCAGGCUGCAUAGUGAAGAAAAGUGCACCGGUAGCACAGCUGACUCAAGCUGCAGUGUUGCAAGUGCAUUAAGCAAAGUCAUAAACACAGCUAGUGGCCAAAACGUGAAGUGUGUCACACAAACAACAAAGGCUUUGGAUCGGUCAAAAUCCUCAGAGCUGCAUGCUCACAAAGUGUCCAGUCUUGUAAAAGAGAAACAAGUGGGACAUGCUAAAAGAGACACAAGCGAGACUCUUCUAGAAGGAAGUACGUUAAAGGCGCAGUGCAGUACAGGGAGUUCACAACCCAAGCUAUCAGCCACAAAGAAUAAAUCCACUGGGUCCCGUCCAGCUCUUUCUGCUUUUGAGUUAAUGAAAAAGAUCUUGGAGAAUCACCAGAAGAGAGAGGAAGAGCACAAGGGAAAAGACAACAGAAUGUGGACUGUGAAAAAACAGAAAGGAAAGGAAAGGCUGACAAAUGCGCAUGUGCGUGGAGCUGAGGUGAAAAUUACUGAGAAUAAAGAGAAGAAUGCUAGAAUCAGGGUUGAAGGGCACAAUAAAAGCAGAAUAAACCAAAAAGAUAAGGAAAGAAGUGGGAGAAUAAAAGAGGCUGGCAACCAGAAGAACGUUUUUCUUCAGCAGAAUCUGCCAUCAGCUAAUGGUUGCAGCAUGUCAAAAGGAGAGAGACUGAUGGAGGAUGGCUACAGCAAACCAAGAUCUGAGACUGCUGACUCUCUCAAUGAUUCUCCUUUGCAAAGAUGCAGCACAGAAGGCAUAGUGCUUACAAACACGGCAGACAAGUCUUUUGUCUCACAUGCACAAGAGCCCACCACACCUCUUGAGAAACUCGGAAACCCACAAGGGUCAAUAGCCAUUUCAGAAGAGGAUGAGGAUGUUGAUGUUGUGGAGGUCUCUAGUUCUUUGUCCGAGUCCUUCUCUGUGCCGCCAAUCACUGCAGAUAUUGUGCUCAGCACAGAGGACAGUGAUGAAGACGACGAGAUUGAUGUGAUAAAUUUAGGAUCUAAUUAAGUGUGUAGCAAUUUCUGUUACUGUUUAUUACUGUUUAGCUUCAGAGUUCUGAAUAAAUGUGUGUUGGUGCUUAUUUGAAACACUAUUUCAAAUGAUCAGAGACUUAGAACAUGGUACCUUUUCCCUGUGUAUAAUUCAAUACAUAGUUCACACAAGGUGACACUUGGCAGUAUUUGCUCUUUCGACAUUGGUGGCUUCAGUUUCAGGCAUCAGAAAUUUUUAUAGAUUUGAGUUCUGAAUGUUAAAGUUUAUUUUGUGCCACAAUGAUUGGGACUGCUAUUAAUGCAUGCUGAGUUUUCUUGUCAUUUGCCGUAUUUUGUAGCCAUGUUCAGAAUUAAAAGACAUGGAU